AUGGCUGAUGAAAUAGUUUAUGCUGAUUUAAGGCAUCCUGGGAAUGGUUUUUCUCCUGCCGAGAAGCAUCACGGUCCUGCCUUGUGUCCACAAUGGCAUGGGGUCCUCCUCAAAGUCAGUGUGCUGGGGCACCUUGUCCUGCUGGUGGUGGUGGUGGUGCUGAGCGUGCAGGCCUGUGCUGGCUGCAGGCUGUGUCCCCAGGACUGGCAGCUCCACGGGGAAAAAUGCUACCGGCUUUCCAAGGAAAAGGGAAACUGGUCUCAAGGCAAGAAAGGCUGUGAAAAUCAGGAGUCUCAGCUGGUAGUGCUCUGCGACAAGAAAGAAAAGGAGUACAUCAAGAAUAUUACAGGCGGAGGCACGCAGCCGGUGUGGAUUGGAUUAUCAUUCCGCAAGAAGUGGACAUGGGUGGACAACACACCCCUCAACACCAAAAUGUUUGACCCCCUGCAAGAGGUGGCUGAAGGUUGCAUCACACUGAAAGACAAGGUGGUGGAGGUUGAUACCUGUGACACUGAACACGAAUGGGUUUGUCAGAAAGAGCCUUUCCAGCUCUCCCCAUCGCUGGCAGGAGAUGGAGAGAAAUGCGAUGCCUCCGUCUGA